CCUGCCCAGCAGUUCUUUCACAAAGCUCUAGAAAACUGUGAAAGUGCCUUCAGCAUAAACAAAUCCAGAACUCUCCUAGGACAAAUCUUUUGCCAACUGAAGGAAAGGACUGGGUUUAUGGUUUCACUCAGAGCUAGAGGUGGAAACUCUCUGGGGGCACCAGCCGGACAGGCAUCGGGGGAUGUCACGGCAGCAAAACAAGUGUAUGUGAAGAUGCUAUUUGUGUGUUACCUUUGAGAAUAAUCAAAGCCAAAAGUGACGUGUCAGCUUUGGUAUCUGGGACCUAGGUGGCCACCCUUCCCUACCUUCACUAAGCCAUAUUCUUGGUGACACCCAUCAGCAUCUUGGUGAGUGGAUAGUGAGACUCUUCGGUCUAGGGCCGCCAUAGCUAAGCCCGGGGCCUCCCUCUGGCUAGUCCUCCCCCUUUUCAUAGGAUGGAUGAGGACGCACCAGAUGGGCUACUCUUCAAAGACCAUGACUUCUCCUCUGACUUGCUGAAGCAGCUCAAUGGUUUAAGACUAAAUGGGGUCCUGACAGAUGUGAGCAUCUGUGUGGGAGCUUGGGAGAUCCCCUGCCACCGAAAUGUGCUGGCCUCCAGCAGCCCCUACUUCAGGGCCAUGUUCUGCAGCAACUUCCGGGAGAGCAGUGAGGCCAAAGUGCAGUUGAAAGGCAUCGACCCUGAGAGCCUGGACCAGGUGGUCCUAUAUGUGUACACUGGGGAGGCGCACAUCACAGCCCAGAACGUUCUGCCCCUGAUGGAGGCAGCCUCCAUGCUCCAGUAUCCCAAGCUUUUUGAGGCCUGCUCCUCAUACCUCCAGGGACAACUGGCCCCCAGCAACUGCCUGGGCAUGAUCCGACUCUCUGAAAUCUUAAGUUGUGAGACCCUCAAGAAAAAAGCCAGGCACAUGGCCCUGACAUACUUUCCAGAGGUGGCCGCGUCGGCCGACCUGAAGGAACUCUGCGCCUUGGAGUUGAGAGACUACCUCGGUGAUGACGGGCUGUGUGGGGAGGAGGAGAAGGUGUUUGAGGCCCUCAUGGUGUGGAUCAAGCAUGACCUCCAGGCCCGGAGACGACACGUGCAGGAACUGUUCAAGCAGGUUCGUCUUCAGUACAUCCACCCGGCCUUCUUCCACCACUUCAUUGCCAACGAUGCCCUCCUCCAGUCCUCGCCCUCAUGCCAGACCAUCCUGGAGACAGCCAAGAGGCAGAUGUUUUCCUUGUAUGGCUCCACCAGUGCCCCAGACCUCCAGCCUCCAUUGCACGCCCCCCCAAGGAAUUCUUACCAAGAUUUCCUCAUCCUCUUGGGGGGCAGGAAGGACAACCAGCAGACCACCAGGGAUGUUCUGAUCUACAGUGGACAGACUGGGCGAUGGCAGAGUCUCACCAAACUCCCCAUGCGGCUGUACAAGGCCACAGCUGUGGCCCUGCACCGCAGCGUCUAUGUGCUGGGGGGCAUGGUUGUGGGCACGGGGAAGAGCAUGCCAAGUCGCAAUGUCUACAUCUUCUCCCUGAAACUCAAUCAGUGGAGUCCGGUGCAGCCCAUGCUGGUGGCCCGCUACUCCCACAGAAGCAUUGCCCAUAAGAACUACAUCUUCUCCAUCGGGGGCAUUGGAGAAGGGCAGGAGGUCAUGGACUCCAUGGAGAGGUACGACAGCGUCUGCAACGUCUGGGAGAGUAUGGCCAGCAUGCCAGUGGGCGUGCUCCACCCUGCAGUGGCUGUGAAAGACCAAAGACUCUACCUCUUUGGGGGAGAGGACAUCAUGCAGAACCCUGUACGCCUUAUUCAGGUUUAUCACAUUUCCAGAAACAUGUGGUUCAAAAUGGAGACGAGAAUGAUCAAGAACGUGUGUGCCCCCGCAGUGGUGCUGGGGGAGCGGAUUGUCAUCGUGGGAGGCUACACCCGGCGGAUUCUUGCUUAUGACCCUCAGUCCAACAAGUUUGUCAAGUGCGCAGACAUGAAAGACCGCAGGAUGCACCACGGGGCCGCGGUCAUGGGCAACAAGCUGUAUGUGACCGGCGGCCGGCGGCUGACGACCAACUGCACCAUCGAGGACUCGGCGGCCUUUGACUGCUACGACCCCCAGACGGACACCUGGACCUCCCAGGGGCAGCUGCCCCACCGGCUCUUUGACCACGCCUGCCUCAGUCUCCAGUGCAUACCCCACGCGCGCGCCUGCCCCUGAGGCGCGGACACCGCUGCCUCCUCAAGAUGCCUCAGAGGACAAGAUGCUGCAGAGGACAGCACCCCAGCUCCCAAGAGCUGAGCAGAGAAGGAUGCAGGGAGCCUCGCAGGACUGAGAGUCCCUGAGUGGGAGGCCAGGGGACCGAGAAACAGACCUAUUAUUGGCAGAACAGUGUGUGU